AUGCCCGAACUGUCGUGUCGGGUGCUCUGUGCGGCUCUUCUCAUCGCUUCGCUAGCCGCUCUGCUCGUCCGGUUCCCGAUCCACAGGUUCCUCAAUCCCCACGCCGCCAUGGACCCCGACUCCGAGCUCGAGUUCGAGAUGCCCGGCGUCUUGAGCGUGUACAAGACCGGCCGCGUCGAGCGCUUCGAUGGCACACAGACCGUCCCGCCGUCCCCCGACGGCGACCCCGCCAACGGCGUCGCGUCCAAGGACGUCGUCCUCGACCCCGCCGCUGGCAUCUCCGCCCGCCUCUACCUCCCCGCCGGAGUGGAUCCCGGCAAGAAGCUCCCCGUCGUCGUGUUCUUCCACGGCGGUGCGUUCAUGGUCCACACCACCGCCUCCCCGCUCUACCACAUCUACGCCGCCUCCCUCGCUGCCGCGGCGCCCGCCGUCGUCGUCUCCGUUGACUACCGCCUAGCGCCCGAGCACCGCAUCCCCGCCGCCUACGACGACGCGUUCGCGGCCCUGAAGGCAGUCAUCGCCGCGUGCCGCGCGGAUGGCGCCGAGGCGGAGGCUGAGCCCUGGCUCGCCGCGCACGGCGACGCCUCCCGCAUCGUCCUUGCGGGGGACAGCGCCGGCGGUAACAUGGCGCACAACGUGGCGAUAAGGCUGCGCAAGGAAGGCGGCAUCGAGGGUUACGGCGACAUGGUCAGCGGCAUCGUCCUCCUGCACCCUUACUUCUGGGGGAAGGAGCCGCUGGGCGCGGAGCCCACGGAUCCCGGCUACCGCGCAAUGUUCGACCCCACAUGGGAAUUCAUCUGCGGCGGAAAGUUCGGCCUCGACCACCCCUACGUCAACCCAAUGGCGUCGCCGGAGGAGUGGAGGCAGCUCGGGUCCCGCCGCGUGCUGGUGACCACGGCGGAGCAGUGCUGGUUCGUGGAGAGGGCAAGGGCGUACGCAGAGGGGAUCAAGAAGUGCGGCUGGGAGGGGGAGCUCGAGUUCUACGAGACCAAGGGCGAGGCGCACGUCUUCUUCUUGCCUAAACACGGCAGCGACAACGCCGUCAAGGAGCUCGCCGUCGUGGCCGAAUUCGUCAGGCGCUGUUGA